AUAGUAGAACGUCUCGGUUACUCGCUCAGGACCGCGCCGUAUUAUUGUGUUGCUCUUAUCUACGGGCUUCGCACACGUUCAUCAUCGCACUGACUUCGAUAAGCACCUAUCGUGAAAGUGCGUGAACGACGACGACGACCAAGGCAGCAGAAUUGGGAACGGCAAACGCGAGGUCAGAGCAUUCGCUCUCCCAUUCGUCAUAUCGCGUAAACAUCGCCCGGCCGAAAGGGAAACAAAUAAGCGGUGUUCGCGAAAUUGGAGCAGAAUUUCGUCCUGACUUCGGCCCACGAUCAUCGCGCGCCAAACUCGCCAGCAGUGGAAGAGUUCUAAAAUUAAAGUCGCCGCAAAAAACGAAAGAGUGUGCAUCACCGAACGCGACACGCGCGUUGUGAAUGUGAAUUUUCUGUUGUUUUAAGCGUCUUGGACCCUCCCUUUCGUCGGCGCUUACCCGCCUCAAGACGCCGAGAGUGACCGUGACCUUGUUAACUUUUCGUAUCCACAGUAUUGGGGUGGUUGGCGAGCGUUUGUUCUCAUCCAUGACUACUAUGGAUGAUGUUUUCAAGCUUCAUUCUAAUGCCACUCUCCGCGGGCUACUUUAAUGAAAGUUUUUGGAGAAGUUGAUUGUCGAUUGCCUGAGACUGCACCCGUUGUUGGCCAGCGUUGUAACCAUCGUUCAACAAUUUGAACGGCGAUUGUUUUGGUGUCGAUCGACGUGUGUGUUUAUGUGUGUGUAGCAGCAUGCUGGUUCCUGGAACGAAAAAGUAGCACCCCAAAGAGGAAGCAGUACUUUCGGGAAAUCGCAAACAUUCAAGACCGUGACGCCUUCCGCUUCCAGACCGCAACGGUACAUCCUCUUGCAACGGAGACGACGACGCUCUGCAGAGAAACAGUGUGUAGCAUUGUUUUAACGGUUUACUAGUAGCCAGACGCAGCGCUAACGGGAACCAGGCCCUCUAUGGUGGGAGAGGUGGCUCCCGCGAAGUGAAACAGGCGGACGGCACAGAUCAACUCCUAGAGACAGGCAGCGAUCGGUGUCUGCAGUCGAAAAACCGACAUUCGCACCAACGGCGAAAAAAUACCCGCUGGGUUGCGGAAUCGCGCGGAUGAAGUGAUUUUGGGUUGUCUGCCUAAGAGAAAAGCAUUCGAAUCCAACCACCGAUUAGUUUCUCCCUGCAAACAGACCGACCUCACCUCAUGGAAGCGCUCAACCGGUUCCGGUUCAGGCCGUUGGCCGUGGUGCUGUUGGUGGUGGUGUUACUUCUAAUAUUUAUUACAGAGUUUAACGGUGUUUCUGCGAUAAAAUGCUACCGUUGCACAGUGGCUCCUCCGAGCCGGCAUCAGAACAACACCAAAACACAGCUUUGUUCCAAAUUUGACGAGUCCGACUACUACACGGUCGACUGCCCCUGGUCCACCAUGUGCGUGAAGCGAAUCUUCAAGCUGCAACUUCUGAAGGCCGAGCAGGAAACGGUUAGUCGAGACUGUGCACAGCAGAAAAACACGGAACAGGUUUAUAAAUCCGGUGCGUGGACGCCGGAGCAUAACAUCGAGGAGCCGUACACGGAGGGCUGCCAAACGAUAGACGACUCCACGUACUGCUUCUGCCGGGGUUCUUACUGCAACUCGGCCACGACAACGUCGGAACUCAGUAACUAUGCAACGGACAUCAUGGGUGUUAUACUAGUGUUUAACGUAAUGAAGUACGUUAGCAAAAUCGACCACUGAGCGUACGCGUCCGGUAGAUGUGUAAAAAUCUGCCGGCGGAUGAGUGGAAAUAGUGAAAUUGAGUAUUGAAAAUUAAUCGACAGGUUUCAGCAACUGAUCGUAAUGUGAUAUUGAAGUGUGCUAUCCGAACGAUGCACCUCAAAAGCUUCUCGAAUCUAAAUAUUUCGCAAAUAA